AUGUCUUCACAUCCCCCCAAUGAUUCGGAAUCGGCCUUCAGCCUUCGGCCAUCAGCACCUUCCAUCAUUCGGCGCGUGCGAUGUCCUCACAUCCCCCCAAUGAUUCGGAAUCGGCCUUCAGCCUUCGGCCGUCAGCCUUCGGCCAUUCAGACUUCGGACAUCAGCCUUCGGCCAUCAGCCUUCGGCCAUCGGCACCUUCCAUCAUUCGGCGCGUGCGAUGUCUUCACAUCCCCUAAUGAUUCGGAAUCGGCCUUCCAUCUUCGGCCAUUCAGCCUUCGGACAUCGGCACCUUCCAUCAUUCGGCGCGUGCGAUGUCUUCACAUCCCCCCAAUGACUCGGAAUCGGCCUUCAUCCUUCGGCCAUCAGCCUUCGGCCAUCGGCACCAUCCAUCAUUCGGCGCGUCCGAUGUCUUCACAUUCUCCCCUUUUUCAGUGCCCUUCGGCAGAGCCCUUCGGCACCCCUACACGCAGCCUUCGGCCAUCGGCACCUUCCAUCAUUCGGCGCGUGCGAUGUCUUCACAUCCCCCCAAUGAUUCGGAAUCGGCCUUCAGCCUUCGGCCAUCAGCCUUCGGCAUUCAAUCUUCGGCCAUCAGCCUUCGGCCAUCGACACCUUCCAACAUUCGGCGCGUCCGAUGUCUUCACAUCCCCCCAAUGA